UUUUAUGACUUUGGUGUAAAUUUUUCUUUAGCAUGGAUCCUCCGGUUACUUUGCAGGAGCCCCUUGAUAUGAUCCGAUUAAAUCUUGACGAGGUUAUAUAUUUGAAAUGUAAAAAUGGAAGAGAGUUAGUUGGUAGAUUGCAAGCUUUUGAUGAGCAUUGUAACAUGGUACUUUCAGAAGUUACAGAAACAAUUACAACCGUUGAAUUAGAUAAUAAUUCAAAAAAUGAAACCACUAAGGUUACUAAAAGAGACAAUGGUACAAUUUUUGUCCGUGGAGACUCUCUGGUCCUUCUAUCGCAUUUCGACAAAACAUAGAUUUGAGCUAAUAUCGCAUA